UAUCAGUCAUUAAAAUUUAGCGGGGAGGGCCUAGCGUGGCCUUGGCCGGUGUCAGGUUCCUCAUUCAGGCUGUGAAUGAAUUUUUCAAAGUCCUGUUACCUCUGCAGUCUCCAGGCCGCUGUCUGUCUCUGCUGUGAUGGUAGCUGAGCUGUGACAAUAACAACAUGAGUCUCAGGGCGGCUGUGCUGGUUCAUUUCCUGCUGGUUGUUGACCAGGCUGAUUCUACAAAAGGUGUCAAGUGUGGAGGAAUCCUGGCUGCUCCAUCUGGCAAUAUCUCCAGCCCAAACUUCCCAGGCGUGUAUCCCUACAACACUGACUGUUCGUGGCUGAUUGUUGUGGCCGAGGGUUCAUCCGUCCUCCUCACCUUCCACUUCUUUGAGCUGGAGUACCACGCCAACUGUGCGUACGACUACAUCAAGAUCUACAACGGCAUAUCUGAGGAUGAGGGAAACCUCCUUGGGACGUUCUGUGGUGACAUCUCUCCACCCCAGUUCACGUCCUCUUGGAAUGUCAUGUCCAUCAUCUUCCACUCAGACCGCCAUGUGGUCUACAGGGGCUUCAGUGUUGGCUACAGAAAAGAUAUGUGUGGUGGAGUCCUCACGGGCCUCUCAGGUGUCAUCUCCAGUCCGGGCUACCCUCAGGAGUACAGCAACAACGCCGACUGUUCGUGGACCGUCCACGUGUCCAACAACAGCGUGGUCACUCUGGUUUUCCUGGACUUCAAACUGGAAAACAACGAAGGAUGCAAUUUUGACUUUGUCGCCCUGUUUGAUGGCCCAACAGUCACCCAUCGCCACCUGGGCAAAUACUGUGGAGGAGAAACACCUCCCAACAUCGUCACCACCUCCAACCAGCUUCUGGUAGUCUUCAAGUCUGACUUCAACAUCGGGGGACGAGGGUUCAAGGCCUAUUAUUACUCAGGUGAGUGCCAGCAGACCCUGUUCGCUGUAAGUGGCAACUUCAGCAGCCCACAUUACCCCAGCAUCUAUCCAAACAACAUCAACUGCCACUGGAGCAUCACUCUCGCAGCUGGAUAUCGCAUCAAACUCUUCUUCCCCAUGAUGGACCUGGAGGAGCGCAACAGUCUGUCGGGCGAGUGCGACUACGACUCUGUGGCGGUUUAUGACGGGGGCAGUCAGACAGACACCCUGCUGGGACGCUGGUGUGGCAGAGAGCAACCGUCCUCCCUCGUCUCAAAGGGCAACAAGCUGCUGGUGGUACUUAACACAGACAGAAAUGAAGCUCACAGAGGGUUCAGUGCAUCGUAUCUUGGAGUGGUACCUGUAAACGUUAGCUGUACAAGAUCGGAAUUCACCAUUUUGAUAGCCCAGCAGUCCUUACCUCAAAUGGACCGUGAGAGCAUCUAUCUCGGAAACCCAACCUGUGCAGCCCAGUUAACGGCCACCUCGUAUAAGAUACUUGCUCAGUUUGUCAACUGUGGCACAGCUAGCCAGAAACAUCGGAACAUCACCAUGCUGGUCAACAAGCUCUACAUUGAUUUCUCCGACGGGAAGCAGCACAAUAUACAAGAAUAUAAGUUGCAGUGCGACGCCCUGAGGAAGGUAGCGUCAGUGUCCCUCAUCACUGCCGUGGAGCGUCGCCUGGAGGAGCAGGCCCAGCAAACGGACACUGAAAGUGGCAGCAACACAGUGGAGCAGAGAACUGAGCCUCAUGAUCUCAGUGAUAUUGUCUUCAUUAGCAUCUGUGUUCUGGCUGUUAUUCUCAUGGUGAUAGCUAUUGUUUGGCUGGUGUUGUUGUAGCAGAAAG